GAAAUUCUAAUCAUGGCGGCUUCCACAUUUUGCUUUGCGUUGUCACCUUUAAGUAAAAUAAAGUGCAAUGUUAACAUAAUUUACACGCUUAACAAAAGAACUGCAUUCUCCGGAGGACUCUCGAAAAUAAAAGGUGUUGAGAAGCAAGUUGCAGCUUUACCGGAGAGAAGCAGCCAGGGACCAAGGAGGCCAAGAAGGGAGGCGGGAGAACCACGGACAGAGCGAAUGUCAGUGGACCAGGACUGGACUGCAGUAUAUCCUACUGCGAAGUCUUUUAAACAAAAUGCGGUUCCGUUGCCAGUGCGUAUGGGCUACCCAGUUAAAAGAGGGGUGCCACCUGAGAAAAAGGGCAACCUUGAACUGAUAAAGAUUCCAAACUUCCUACACUUAACCCCAGUUUCCAUCAAGAAACACUGUGAAGCUCUGAAACCAUUCUGUACGGAGUGGCCAAAUGCUCUGGACUCUGAUGCUAAGUGUGAAGAACAUUUCCCCAUACAGGUGCAAAGUAAAGACUUUGUCUCUGCUGGACCUUCACUGAGGAACCCAAAAGCUAGAAUCAUUACACUGACUGUGAAGCUGUCCAGUUUGAAUCUGGAUGACCAUGCAAGGAAGAAGAUGAUUAAACUGAGUGGAGAGCGUUACAACAAAGAGUCAGACACACUUACAAUCACCACAGAAAGUUGUCCACUGAGACAGCAGAAUUAUGACUACGCCUUGUACCUGCUCACUGUUCUGUACCAUGAAUCCUGGAAAAUGGAGGAAUGGGAGAAAGAGAAGACACGUGCUGACAUGGAGGAGUAUGUUUGGGAGGACAGCCCAUCGCAGAAGAACAUUCUAGAAACAUUGUUACGCAUGCAUGCAGUUGAGAAGUGUGAAGAGGAUGGAGGAGUGCAGAAGGAGUUGCUGGGGCGACCAGAGGUGGAGGAGUACAAAGACUCAGUGACCAAGCUGAAGAAUGAGGGAGAGAAUGAAUGCAACAUUCAACAGUACAAGGAUGCAGUGAAGAAACUGCUAAAUAUCUGAGGAAAAAUCUUGGAUGAGAACAAAGUUGGAAAUUGCCUUUGAGUUAUAAGAAGGUAGAUGUAAGACCAGUUUAUAGCCAUUUGUAACCUAUUCUGGAUCCAAGAUUCUCACUGUUACUGAGAUGGUUGAUGCACAUGGGUUCACAUGAAGAAUCCCUCUUAUCACAUAUGUACACUCAAAUUUCUAAUGUUUUCCUGUAAAAAUGUUUGGUACGGCAAAGGUAAAAAUAGCUGCCAUGUCCAUUUUAAGCAGCAAAUACACAAAACCAUGCUCUUGAAGUACAUGCUGCUAGAGCUAUCAAUUUUCUUUAAAUUAUGUGAUGGUCUUUGUCUGUUUCCUGUAUUUAUAUGCUAAUGAUGUAUCAAAUUGCUGAUUCUUUACCUCCGUAUCAUUAAAUUUUAAGGCAGUUUGUGCUAUACUUUUAAAAAGUUUGGCAAACUGUUACCUCCUUUUGACGCAUAAACAUGAAUCAGUCCACUCCUCUGGGACUUAAACGCAUCGUCCUCCUUGAAAGCAAAUUCCGUACCAUUACAGACACCCUGCUUAAAGGGUGCUUUCAAGUAAAGCCUGCUAAAUAUACCCAGUCGCUCCAUUAGGUUCUGCUCUGGUCAGUUGGUUAUGGGAAAAGAGUAACCCGACUCUUUCAGAAGAGUUCCGGCUUUUUCCAUUUGGGUAUGUGGAGGAAAAACGAAUCCAAACCCAGGUGGUGGUACCAGUCUUUUAACAACUCCCAGUGCUUAGGGCCAACUGCCUUUUGAAGAACAAAACUGAGCUUGUUGGCUGUCUUGCUUGGAAGCCUCCAUCAGACUACUUAACGUGAACAUCAAGUGUUCUCUCUAAGCUCUGGUUUCAAAAUGUAUAAUCACAAAAAGCAUCUGAAUCUGUCCAGUGGACCUGUUUCUACAUUAGGCUUUCUAAUUAGAGGAUGUUGUGAGGGACAUUGUUUAAUAGAACAGGCUUAGUUUAAUGGAAAUAAUAAGCAUUUAAAUUACAUUCUCCAAAGAGUCCUUAUUCAAAUUACAUUUAUGAUCAUCCAGGUUUUCUAGGAUGUUAGAAUUUUUGAGUUAACAUAAGUCAACAAAACAAACCAUUGUGAUUAAUGAUGCUGCUGAAUAUUUGUAGGAAACCAAAUGAAUAAAAGUAAUUGAUUUUGAUAACUAAACAUUGUUACCAUACUAAGGAUGUGGAGUGGUGGAAAAAGUCUGUUUAUAUAGUCUAUUUUACAUAAUAUGUCCAUAUGUGAGUUCAUCUGACAUAAAGUAAAAUACUACUAAAUUAA